AUGCCCACGGCCGCGCAGCGCGCGGCGCUGCUGGACGGGGUGGCGGAGAGCGAGUCCACAGCGACCCCCCGCCACGCGGAAGCCGCAGAUCCGCCAAAGCCCAAGGUCGAGGUGGUCCCUCCAAGGAUCUCUGUUUCAGCCGCUGCUGGCCCCGCCGCUUGCGAGCUUUGUACAGACACCAGGGCCGGUGCCUGCACCUUUGCCUCUGCAACAGAGUCCGAUCUUCAGCUCGCACCGGCACUGCGCCCCUCCCGCACAGCUUCCAUCCCCACCAUGGGCCUUGCAUGCCAGGCCGGCGCCGGCCUCGGCUUGGAGGAUCUCGCAGCAGGAAGCACACGCAGCCGCGCAGACAGCACACCUGAGGCACGCCAGCAGCGCUCUGUGGCGGAGCCCCAGCCCACAGUCAAGCCCUGGCUUGGGCAGAAGGCUUUGCAGGUCGCUCUCACCGGACCUGCGGCAGGUGACAGGUUGGCGAGCUCCUCCUGGCUGCUCAAGCGCAGCCGCCGCGCUCCGACCGUGCUGGGGCGCGAGGCGGUGCCAAGCGCGGAGAGGGAGUCCCCUGGACCAGCGGCCGCCAACGCGCCCGACGCGCUCCCGGGCCUCAGCGUGGAGGCCAUGAAGAUAGAGCUGAAGAGCCUGGCUUUCUUCGAAUAG